AUGAGUGUCAGCACCGUUGAUAUGUGUAGCACAAAUCAUCUCACGAAAUCUAGUACACGACUGACAGAUGAUAAAGAAAAAGAAUCGUGGCGCGAAAAAUCGAAAGGUCUCUUGAAACAGAUAAAGUAUUUAUUUCGCGAGACGACUGUUGAACCAUGCCUGUUUGCUUACAUGCUAUGUACGGCGUUAUCAUCGCUCGCUGUACAGAACAUGCACUUAGAAAAAUCGUGCCGAGUUAAUUUUAAAUUCGGUGAUGUAAUAUGUGAUCGCAUAAGGGACAGAAAUACAACUGGACUGGAGACAGAAUUAAAUCAAGUCCAAUCCCUGGUAGCUAAGGUGGUGGCAUGGAAGUUUCCUCUUCAGACGAGCAUACCAGCAGUGAUGGUUCUUUUCAUCGGUGCGUGGAGUGAUAAGACUAAGAAAAGAAAGAUAUGUAUAUUGUUACCGUUCUUGGGAGAGAUUGUAGCAAAUAUCGGUCUCCUUUUCGCUACGUUCUACUUUCAUGAACUAUCAUUAACCGCGACUGCUCUGAUAGAGGCAUUACCAGCAGCAUUUAGUGGCAGUUAUAUUAUUAUAUUUAUGGGAAUGUACAGUUUUAUGGCGGACAGGACAACAGUUGAAAACAGAACGUUUCGCUUAGGACUAGUGACAAUAUGUGUAAGUUUAGGGACACCGACAGGUACUGCUUUGAGUGGUAUAUUGUUACGCGCACUUGGUUAUUAUGGAGUCUUUUCGGUGUUAAUUUUUUUAUACACAAUUUCUUUCGUUUAUGGUGUAGUACGGUUAGAAGAUGUUUUGGUGAGAGAUGAAGCUAUAACAACUUCAGUGCACGGUGAAAAACAAAAAGAUUUAAAAAAUAUAUUGCGUGAAAUUUUCGGCAUGGUAGGUAAAACUGUUCUAGUAGCGCUAAGACCACGUGCAUUCGGAAUGAGGAACCAGAUACUAUCAGUUAUUGUUCUAUAUAUCCUAAUGGUUGGACCGCUAUACGGUGAUUCGCAAGUCAGUUACUUGUACGCAAUACGAAAGUUCAACUUCAACGAAGUGGAGUAUAGUGUUUACGGUACUAUAAACAUUGUCCUCGGCUUAAUUGGGACGUUCUUCUGCAUAACAAUAUUAUGUAAGAAGUUACACGUGCAAGACAGCGUUAUUGGUGCUCUGGCCGGAGUGAGCAGGAUAGCUGGAUGUUUGGUGUUCGCCUUCGCACCGACACGAUCCUGGUUUUACUCUGCUCCUCUCUUUAACAUCUUCAGUCAUACAGGCCUUACAGCUAUCAGGUCGAUUGCAACUAAAAGUGUCCCUGUAGAAGAAGUUGCUAAACUCAGCUCAGUAAUGGGAGUUAUGGAGGCCAUAGCGCCCUCAAUUUACAUGCCAACCUCGAGCUACAUAUACGUUCAAACGAUAGAGUCCUUCCCGGGUGCAUUUUAUUUAUUCGAUGCAGCGCUCACCGUUGUGGCCCUGGCUUUGUUCACAAAUAUUUAUGCUUUAGUGAGGAAGAGAAACAGAGACAUGGUUACCGAUCCCAGCAGAAAGGAAGAAUAUGCAAGAACAAACGAAGUGUCCCGUUUUUAA